AAACAGUCGGCGCCGGAGUUCAUGAAUGUUAUAACCGACGAGUCUGUGUGGACACCGAUUACGGGUCACUUAUACUGUCCCGUAUGUGAGCGCGUGGCCGACAUGAAAGGACUGAUGGCUAAACCUUUUGACACCAUCCGUGAGCUUCGGUCGCACUUAUAUAAGCACUCGUGUUGGGCGGCAAUAGAGUGCGGCCUUUGCCACGAAUCUGUAGACAAUACGGCCCGCGAUAUACUCCAGCACUUGAACGCACAGCACAAACGCUCGCUCCGGGACUCACCCGUAAAGGCCAUACGCCAGUUGCGGGUCAAUCGUGUGAGCAUCGGUUAUCUGACGGGUACUCAACGCCAGGCACUCAUUGAACACAAGUUUAUCGGAUUUACGCGACACGACGUAAUCGACGGACAGAUUGAGCGGUGGUUAGAGGUGUUAGAGGCGGCCGAAGACGACCGCCUCCGUCGCCGACAACCCGUACGGACCGUACGCCUGGCUGUCCGUCGACUGCCGGCCCUUAACUACGAGAAUAAGAGUGGAAAAGCGCUUAAGAGUUUUGUCGGCGAUUUGAUCCGUAAGACAUCGGGAGUGGAUCUGAACAACAAUUGCGACAAAGAAUGUGAGCCCCGAAGACAACGGCCGGCGUAACAUGAAUUCAAACGGAUUAUGAUUACGGCCGACAGCGACACACGAGUUGAUGAUAAUGAAGAUAUGAAUGGUAUGAAGAGUAAUGGAUCCGAUGGUAAUAUCAUUGAAGAGAUUCCAAGCGAUAGCUAUGCAAACAUUACUAGUUAUGGUUUAACCACAACACCCGCACCCGUACUCUCCCAACCAUUGGGCGCCACCCAUAAGCUGUCCCUCCGAUGCGAUUUCUGUCACAGUCUGUGCGACAAUAGUGUUGAUAUGGAGGCACACUCUGUGGCCACUCAUCCCAACCAUACCAUCACUUAUCAUAUAAUUCACAACUAUUAG